AGUGAGUGGGAGGUAGGGCGGCAGUCAGAAGCACGCAAACUAAUUCUCACCGAUGAGCAGACAGUCGUGCCAGAGUGGGAGCUGCGCUUAUUUCACCUCUCUGGCGCCGCAGGUCCAUCAACAAAGAAACCUUAUUAGUAAGAUCUCCUUGUUCUGCAAGGACUUGUUACCACGCAGGACCAGAGUGUUUGUUUUGGGAUAAAGGGGCUGCGCACCCGCAUUUCACCUAAGCAGCGACACCUUUAGGUGAAUGCCGUGAUGCCAUUUGGUUGCCUUGCCCUGAGAGAUGGGCGGACUUACGACAGCAUAUCUGAUGUCACGGACAAAUAUGAGUUUGGGCAAGUCCUUCGAGCGAAGGAGUUUUGCGAGCUGUGCCUGGCAAAGGACAGACAAACAGAAAAGGUGUUUGUCUGCAAGAAAUUCUUCAAGAAGGACGGAAGGAAAGUCCGCAAGGCCGCCAAGAAUGAGAUCAUGAUCUUGAAACUGGUCAGUCACCCAAACAUUCUUCAGCUGAUAGAUACCUUUGAAACCCGAAAAGAAUACUUCAUUAUCCAGGAACUAGCCACAGGGGGAGAUGUGUUUGACUGGAUUCUGGACCAAGGGAAUUACACAGAGAGAGAUGCUUCCAAUGUUAUCAGACAGGUCCUAGAGGCUGUGGCGUACCUACACUCCCUCAACAUUGUUCAUAGGAACCUCAAGCUAGAAAAUUUGAUGUACUACACAGAAAACAACCACAAGAAAGUAGUUCUACGAGAUUUUUACCUCUCCAGAUUCGAAAAUGGACCAAUUACAGAGCCAUGCGGAACACCUGAAUACCUCGCUCCUGAAGUGGUUGCUCGUCAUCGAUAUGGUCGUCCUGUGGACUGCUGGGCUGUGGGGGUGAUAAUGUACAUUCUCUUAUCAGGCAAUCCUCCUUUUUAUGAUGAGACUGAGGAAGAAAACACAGAUCUACAUAACCGCAUCAUUUUCUGUCGCAUCGUUGCUGGGGACUUUGAGUUUGAUACUCCUUACUGGGAUGACAUUUCACCUGCAGCUAAAGGGCUUGUGUGUAGACUUAUGGAAGUGGACCAGAUGCUGAGAAUCACAGCAGAGGAUGCGCUCCGGCAUGAAUGGAUUGCAGGGAAUGGUGCAUCAGAGAAGAACUUGAAAGACGGUGUAUGCGCCCAGUUUGAGAAGAACUUUGCAAAGGCCAAAUGGCGGGAGUUAAAGAAAGCAAUUCGUGUGACAACCUUCAUGCAACGGUUGAAGAACUCUGAAGCACUGAAUGACAGUUCAGCUGAGGUUCAGGGUGAGGAACAGGUAGGAGAUGGUGAAGGGGGUGUUUCCCAGGGGACAAGUGAUGAGGGAGAUAAAGGGAUGACAGAUGAAGGGAUCACAUCAAGCAGUGUUUCUUUAGAGGUUACUGUUGAAACUACACAAGCCGGAAUGGAAAGAGAUGAGGGUACCAUUAAAGUAGGAGAAAAAACAGAGGAAGCAAACACCCUUGAAGGUCCAUCUGUUAGAACAUCCACAUCAGAUGGGCAAGAACAUCUUGGCCAAUCAAGUUCAGGCCCUAAACUUGCACAGGAGGAGCUUAAUAAGCCUGGGGUGACAAGUGAAGCUGUAGAUGAAUCAUGGAAAAUUGCUGCCAAUUUGGGUCAAGCUAAAGUUGUUCCAGAAGUUAAACAGACUCCAGCGGUGAUUCCCGAGCUGUCAAGGCUGUUAAAAAGUUCGCCGGGUCCAAAUCUUGGCAAACAGCACUCAUCUGGUUCCCCUGAGCUAACUGGCAAACGUAAAAUGGCUGCAACACAUCAUGGCACCUCAGUUGCUCCUACUGCAUCACCCUCACCAGAGAAGAAACCAGCCACCCAAAGCACACAGAAGGAUGAGACAGACGGAAGCUGGUGUCAGACACAAGUGCCUGAAGCAGUUGUAGAAAGGUCAGUGGUAGCACCAGUUACUUCAGCAAUGGGGAUGGUAAGUGAAGUUGAUAUAGGACAAGGCGUUAGGUUGCGAGGUGAUACCAGUCCUGUAGGAAGUAGGGAUAGGAAUACCAGAAGAACAGACAGACACAGUGCCGAGUUCAGUAUAGGCAGGACCCCUGUUGCAACAGCACAAGGCUAUGUAGCUGGCAGCUCUGCUAGUUUGGGCCGUCAUGCCACACCAUAUAAUCCAGAGACCAUGUCUGUGGGGAUGGGGAUGGCUGGGAGUUUUGGGAGUCCAUACAGUUCCCUCUAUACAAGCAGAGGAGGGAUGUAUGGGAUUGGUCUACACCAUGGAGGAGGCGGAAGCAGCACCACUACUGAUUGGCAAAUGGACAGCGUAAUUGAGCAGAUAGAAAAGCAAAUGGUUGCUGUGCUUGAGAAGAUAGAGGGAGACAUGCCCUCGUUGCUUGAGCAAAUCAGUGACUGUCCUAGUGAGGCAGCACGGGCCAGAAGCACACAUGCCUCACCUGCCACUUCUCGCUCACGUCCAACUCAACACUCCUCAACUUCAACCUCAACAACUCUUCCGCCACUUCCCACCUCUCCGAGACCAGCAUUACCGACACUCCCCCACCUCGGCAUCCCUCCUCCUUCAUAUCCUCCACCUUCUCCGCCCACGCAAACCUCACCCCAGGCUUUCAGGGAUCAGGAAGACAAGGAAGGACAAAGAGGCGCAGCUCAAUCCAGCCAGUCGCCCAGGGCUGGCAUGAGUAGAGGACUAUGAGGCGACGGUGAAUAAAUCGAUUCACAAUUGCAGAAGAUUUGGAAUUUUGGAUUGAUUAUUUGAUGAGGGUUUCAAGACUGCAAAAAGAAUCACAAACUUGACUUUGAAAUGUUACCAUAUAUUGCAGUUUGGUAUAGUUUGUAUGAAAUGGCUCUUAGAGGGAAAUGCAACUACAUGGUACAAAUGGAGUUCAAUAUCCAAGAUUUACAAAGCUUGUUUAAUUCUAAAAUCUUAUCUGUGUGUCUAAAUAUCUAGCACACAAACAGUCCAUUACAUAUCCACAUAUCCAAGCACUCUGCCAAGUUUAAUCAUCAGACUACAAAGGUAUGAAAAGUACAAUAAACAACCAAAAGCAAGUGAUACCAACGAAAAAGGUACAUUAGUAUUGUUCUAUACAUUGUAAAUAAAGAGAGAAAAAUAGAUUCCUGAUAAUUACUUUGUUCCCAGAAUGUAAACCACUUCAUAUCCUAGCUGGCAUAGCUUUUUUUCAAAACAUUUAUUCUUUUUUUCCCCCUGUAUUUAUGUAGCUCUUCAUUAUUUGGUGAUGCUUAGUCAUAUGGUGACACAGAGGUAUGAAAGACUGAUAUGAUCACGCAAUUUAUUUUUUUGUGCAAAAUAGAUAAACUUGAACUGUGACCCAAAGUCUUGUGAGUUUCUAACCAACUGUGGGAAAACUAAAGGAUACUAUCCAGAUGCAACACACUGUAUAAAGGCUUUGCAAUCAAACAAAAAAAAUAUUUCUGUUGUCAAAGUUUUCCAAAAAUCUUGUCCAUCAACAUUGUUCCAGUGUUUUUUCUUGUUUGGUCAAUAUGCAUACAUUGUUAUUGUCACUUAGACUUGCUUUUUUUUCACCUCUGUGCCAUAUUAAAUGUCCUGCUAUAUUUCAUUAUGCUUUUGGCUGUAUGUGCUAUUUCAGGUCCUGUGGUAUUUUUCCCACUCUUAGUACCAUUAUUCAUAACCCAUGUAUACUGUAAAAUGGGAUCUGUUUGAAAGUCUUUGAAUAAAUUUAAUAAAAAUCA